AUGGGCCACAGUCCAGACCGAGAGAGUAGCGGGACUGCCGUAGACCCCAAAGGCGUAGCCGGCUCCCACAUCGAACAAACACCCUCCAACAUCGAAGCCAACCGAAGCCUCGAAGCCAAGCUCAAGAACCCCCUCGAAGGUCUCUCCCGCACCGAGCUCUUCUCGCGCGUCGAAACCUUUUGCGCCGAAAAGGGACUAAGCGAACACCUUCCUCUCUUCCGCAAGGGUGCAAUCAUCGCCCAAUCCCCAGAUGAUUAUGCCUCCAUCACCGGCCCGGAAGCCUUGGACGAGGAGGAGAAAGCGGCCCUUCUCAAAGAGGUCGAACACAAGUGGCGGCUGCCGGCAAAGCUGUUCCUGACUAUUGCCACUUGCUCCAUUGGUGCGGCGGUCCAGGGCUGGGAUCAGACUGGUACCAAUGGCGCCAAUCUCUUCUUUCCCGAGUAUUAUGGCAUUGGAGGGGACUCUACAAGGGAGAAGAUUCUUGUCGGGUUGAUCAAUGCCGGACCUUAUAUCGGAAGCGCAUUCAUCGGCUGCUGGCUUUCUGAUCCCAUCAACAACUGGAUCGGUCGUCGUGGUGUCAUCUUCGUCUCUGCUCACUUCUGUCUCUGGCCUGUCAUCGGUUCCGCCUUCUGCCACACUUGGCCGCAGCAACUGGCCUGCCGUCUGCUCAUGGGUAUCGGUAUGGGUGUAAAGGCUUCCACGGUCCCGAUUUAUGCUGCCGAGAACUCGCCUGCUUCUAUUAGAGGCGCGCUGGUCAUGUCAUGGCAAAUGUGGACAGCCUUCGGCAUCUUCCUCGGUACCGCUUUCAACCUCGCCGUCUACCACACCAGCAAAAACAUCAACUGGCGUCUCAUGCUCGGCGCCCCCUUCCUUCCCGCCGUCCCCCUCCUCCUGCUCAUCUACCUCUGCCCCGAGUCACCUCGCUGGUACAUGAAAAAGAACCGCUACCCAGAAGCCUGGAAGUCUAUGGUCCAGCUGCGCAACCACCCGCUCCAAGUAGCGCGCGACAUGUUCUACAUCCACUCGCAACUGGAAGUCGAACACGAGCUCCUGGCCGGGUCCAACUACGCCAAGCGCUUCGUCGAGCUCUUUACCGUCCCUCGCGUGCGCCGCGCCACACUCGCUGCUUUUACCGUCAUGAUCGCCCAGCAAAUGUGCGGAAUCAACAUCAUCGCCUUUUACAGUACCACCAUUUUCAAGGAAUCUGGCUCUAGCGAGUUCCAAGCUUUACUUUCGUCGUUUGGCUUCGGUCUCGUCAACUGGCUUUUCGCCUUCCCCGCCUUCUGGACAAUCGACACUUUCGGCCGUCGUUCCCUUUUACUCUUCACCUUUCCGCAAAUGAUGUGGACUCUCCUCACAGCCGGUCUCUGCACGCUAAUGGACAUGGGUACCGCCCGCACCGCCCUGGUAGCCCUCUUCGUGUUCCUCUUCGCCGCCUUCUAUUCCCCCGGAGAAGGCCCGGUACCAUUUACUUACUCAGCCGAAGUCUUCCCCUUGUCGCACAGAGAAGUAGGCAUGGGUUUCGCCGUCGCCACGUGUCUCUUCUGGGCCUCGGUGCUAGGCAUCACCUUCCCCUUCCUGCUUGACUCCCUCGGCACCGUCGGCGCCUUCGGGUUAUACGCGGGCUUCAAUCUAGUGGCCUUCAUCGCCAUCUUCUUGUUUGUUCCCGAAACGAAGCAAAAGACGUUGGAGGAGCUGGAUUAUGUGUUUGCCGUCAAGACGAGCAAGUUCAUGAAGUACCAGUGCACCAAGGCUUUGCCGUGGUUUUUCAAGUAUUGGGUGUUUUGGCAGAGGAAUGCCAAGCUCGAACCGCUUUAUGAGUUUGAUCGCGAGAAGGAACAGGAGAGGGAGAGAAGGGCGGAAGAGACGGGGACUGUUACUGGGACUGGGAGUGGUAGUGCCAGGGGGGCUGAUGCUGCGGAUGUGGAUGAGAAGAAGGGGUUGGGGGGUGGAAAUGCUCCUAAUGCUUAG